AUGCGGCGAAAAAGAAAGAAGUACGAAAAAUACACAAGUAUCAAAUUGGGCUCAGAGCUUCCCGGACAAAGCAGUGGUUUGGAAAAUCCGUUUCAAUAUUCUGGAGAGAAUCUUGAAGAGUACACUGAGAUUGCAACACUUAGUCCUUGGACACCGGUUCCCGAUAGUGUGGCUCGCAAAAUUUUUGACCGUGCGGAUGUCCGAGAAGAUGAUGUGCAUGUGGAGCUCGGUUCCGGAGAUGGACGAGUCAACUAUUUUUCUAUCGACGCUGGAGUAGCUGAAUCAAUUGGAAUAGAAAUUGAUGAAAAAAUUGUGCAGGUUGCGAGAGAUCGACUCGACAAGAUUCAUCCAAAACCUAAUAUCAAAUUUAUCGUUGCCGAUCUGAUGGAUGUGACAAAUCCAGUUUGGAAAGAGAUCGAGAGGGCAACUAUAUUGACGAUGUACUUUGCUAGAGAGGGACUUGAGGCGAUCCAGCCACUUCUUGAGAAUGCUUUGAGAGGGAAAAGAGUGAGAAUAUUUACAUGUGGAUACGAGAUGCCUGGAUGGCAGUCACAGAUGGUCGAGACGGUCCUAGAUAUGCCAAUCCAUUUUUACGACUGGGGAAACGAACAAUUUGAAGAUUCCAUCAUUGCUGAAGAUUCGUUCAACAUUCCAGAUGACAUCCGCACCCCUGACAAUAUGGACAAAUUUCUCAAUAAGAAGAAGAAAUCAACUUACAAGCCAGAUCUUCUGAAAGGUUACCAUCCUGAUGAUUUGGUGGAUUAUGGAUGGGACACAUUCUCAAGUGAAGAUGAAGUGAAAGAUGAUUCAAACUUCAACCAAAACGGAUGA